GUGCACUGUGGGAUGCUGGAGGCCUCGCGUCGGGGCAGGAAGGAAGGGGGGGGUGUCAUGGCGACGAAUAUCGAGCAGAUCCUUCGGUCCUUUGUGGUCAGCAAAUUCCGAGAGAUCCAGGAGGAGCAGCAGCAGCAGCACGGCGGUGCACAGGUGGAAGGCCAGCCCAAUGGUGACACGAUCCCAGCUGAGCAAGCCGGGCCUUCUGAAGCCUCUGGAGCUGCUGGGAGUUGUCAGAGUGAUCAGAUAGUGCAGAAAAUAGAGGAAGUGCUCUCUGGAGCCCUCGGGACAGAGCUGCAGUGCAACCCAGAUGUAGACAAAAAUACUGUGAAAAAUAGUGCUCAGUCCACAAAAAGGAGCUCAACUGGUGAAGAUGAAAUUCCUAGGAAAAAAGCAAAGAAAAACAAGAAACACAAAAGUAAGAAGAAGAAGAAAAAGAAGAAGAAAAGGAAGAAAGAGAAAAAGCAUAAAAAGCAACCAAAGGAAUGCAAGUUGAGUGCACGUCCAGGAGAACCUGCAGGUGUGCAGCCAGCUCCUCACUUGAUGCCAGAGCAGUCCAGCUCCCAAGUGAAUGUACAGCAUGGAGUGUUUGCAGAUGCAAACCUGGCUGGCCAAGUGCAGCCAGAACUGUGCUCAAAACCAACUGAGGGGCUUGAUAAUCAAGCUUUAGGACUUGUUUCUCAUUCAGUGACUGAUUCUCAGCAAUCUGCAGAAAAUCUUGGAAGUGGGGAGGGGACUUUGUGUGCAACAAAUCCUCCAUUUAAUUUAGAAAGCAUCCAGUCUAAUAUCCCAGAAAAUACUAGUAUAGCUCAAACUAGAAUUUGCACUAGCGAAGAACAAAUUCAACAGUCCCAUGAAAAUAUUUAUCCUGUAGCUAUUAAUGCCAGUGUUGUUGAUACUGGAAAUUAUACUUGGUCCAGCAUCCCAUCUGGAAUUGUCAGUAAAUCGGAGAUUCAGAAAGAUUCUGUAGAAGCACUAAGAGGUACAGAAGUCACUCUGACAUCUCAAGGCAUUGGGGAAGUAAAAGUUUCAGACGCAGCUCUUGAGCCUGAGACCAUGGAGGUGUUGACUUAUUCAGAAGCAUCUCAUCAGUCUGUGUCUCAGGGGUUGGAAACACCUUCAGAAUUCGUGUCCUUGGCAAGUGGUGUCACAGCUCCCACACCUGCAAACUGGGCACAUCCAAGUGCUGUGACUGUAGCUCACGUGGCUGUGGCUGGGCAAGAAGUGACAAUUCCAGAAACAACUGAAAAACCUCUGCACAUGGGAAAUGUGAGAAGUGUGGAGAGAUCUUCAGAACUGGGGGGUGUGAGCAGAACUUUGGAGCCAUCCCUGCAGCCCUCAGUUAUGUCUGGGACUUUGAGCAUGACACAGAGCAGCCCCUUGGAGGCUUCCAGUGUUCUAAAAGCAGGUGUACCUUUGCAACAUCCUUUGACAAUACCUGCAGCCACCCCUGUGACCCACGUGGAAAUAAAAAGUGCCGAAACACCUCCAGGACCAGGAGCUGUUACAAAAAUGGAGGAUAUGGAACCAGCUAUAGGAAAUGUGAAAGCUUCAGAAACAGCCAUGGAACCGGUGGGUGUUGUAACAAAAGAUGUCAGAGCAGCUCACGAAAUUCUGCAAGGCAAAAGUGUGGAAGGUACCACAGGUCCUGCAACAGCGCUGGGUGCAUCAGGAAUGUUCCUACAACAUGGGGCCUCGACAGAAAUGAGUGUGGACAGAACCCAGGGAUCUGCACUUCCAGCAGGAUUGAUAGGUGUUAAUGUGGUUGCAGAGGCAAAAGGAUUAAGAGCAGCUUCAGAACCCGCAGCAGUUGUACAGACCUUCGUUCCCCAAACAGCUCCAGAAGUCCAGAUGGCAGAGGGUUUUAGAAGUCCACGAGCAAAAGAUUCAGAAGCUACUUCAUUGCUGAGAGAAUCGAGACCUGAGGGCGAGUCACACGUGAGAGGUUUGGCAUCUGCCCUGUCUUUGCAGAGGGAAAACACACAGGGUCCAGGAGGAGUCCUGAGACCAGUGGCUGUGGUGGAAGCAAAGACUUUUACAACAGCUUCGAUGUCAUUACAAAUGGAAGGUGUGCAAGCUUCAGAAGCUAUGCAUUGUGGGACUGUUGCAAGUCCAGGACUUCCUGCCUUGGAAAGGACUCCUGAAGCUGUGGUUGUACAUGAAAGCGUGGAACCAGUUAGAGAGGCUGAGGCAUCGGCAGGGGUGAUGCCAUGGCAAGCCACAGCAGAGACAGAACCUCUCCACGCCAGCCAAACAGAGAGUUCCAUCAUUGCACAGUCACAGGUCGUGACACACACAAGAACCUCACAAACUGAGGUGCUGAGGGAAAGAAAGGAUUCAGAACAUGUUCCAGAAGCUGAGACAAGGAGCAGAGAAGCAAUCCUAGAAGCUGUGCAAACUUCAGAAACCAGUUCAAAAUCUAUUCAGGAACAAAUAGUAGAUCAUUCAGCAGCAGUAUUGGAGUCUUUGCCCAGAGUGGAAGAAAACAGUAUGGCAUCAGGAGUAGUGACAGAAUUCACCGAUGUGCAAACUCAGGGAUCUACUGUAGAACAUGAAAUUGCAGCAAGAAGGACCAGCACACAAAGUAAUGAGCCCUCAGAAAUUGAGAAAGCAAAAUAUCUGGAGCCAGCAUCAGAAGCUGGAGGAGUGAGGUGGUUGGAGAGUGCUGGAGCAGGUGAAGAGCUGGAGGUACCCAUGGGUGAUGCUUCAGCAGCUGUUCCAGAGUAUUUGCCUGCCGAAAAGCAACAAGAGCUUCAGGUAGUUCUAGAAGCAAAACCUGCUGCAGAAUGGAAGAGUGCAGAAGAGGCUCCGGAAAUCUUGGGUGCUUCUGAAAUAAAAUCUUCUGAAGCAGUUCCAGAACUAGGGGAUGUGAAAGGCCUGGAAACCAGACUGGAGCAUGAAGUGACAGCAGAGGUACAAUAUGUAGAAGGAGUACAGAGUCACCAGGUGGAGGAUAUGGUGAUUGAUAAGGAAGAUGUAGAGCAGACUCAAACAUCAGAGCCUUUAGUAACAGAAACAGCUUUUGGUUCUUCACGUGCAGCAGAGGAAGAAGUGUCAGCAGAGACUCCUGUAGCAGAAACACAAGAUUUGGAAACAGCUGCUCGGACUGAUACAGAGCUGAAAGAUGCAGAAGCAGCUGUAGGGGUGGAGGCAGAAACAAAAGAUUUGGAAGCAGCUCCAGUACCUGAGACUGAUGCAGAAGCAGGUCCAGAACUUAUAGAAGAAGGCCAGUUGGAAGACACUCCAGAGGCUGAAGAUGUCAAAGAAGCAACUCCAGAAGAGGACUCAGAGAAAAGAGACUCAGAAACAUCUGACGUGCAACCUGAUGUGGCGGCACGAAUGAAGGAGACUCUCAUGAGGCUUGAAAAUGUUGUUGAAAAAAGCAGUCAUAGAACCAGUGAGAAAAAACAUGAUUCAAAGAAACAGAAAAGGAGCCGUUCCAAGUCUCAGUCCAGGUCUAGGAAGCGGAAGAAAAAAUCAAGGUCACGUUCUACUUCCAGGCGUUUGACCUCUAAAAGAGCACGCUCUAGGAGCAGAAACUAUUCAGUUUCCAGAAAAAAGCAUUCCAAAUCUAGGUCCCGAUCUGUGGAGAAGAGAGAGAGAAGAGUGUCUUCCCGGCGGUCCAGGCGCAGACGUUCUAGGUCCUCUGACCGUUACAGGUCUAAAUCCAGAUCAGCAGAAAAGAGAUUGUCCAGACGGAGACGUUCCAGGUCUUCUGACCACUACAGGUCUAAAUCCAGGUCGGUGGAGAAGCGAUUGUCCUCCCGAAGGUCCGGGCGCAGACGUUCCAGGUCCUCUGACCGCUACAGGUCCAAGUCCAGGUCGGUGGAGAAGCGAUUGUCCUCCCGAAGGUCCAGGCGCAGACGUUCCAGGUCAUCCGACCGCUACAGAUCCAAGUCCAGGUCAGUGGAGAAGCGAUUGUCCUCCCGAAGGUCCGGGCGCAGACGUUCCAGGUCCUCUGACCGCUACAGGUCGAAGUCACGGUCGGUGGAGAAGCGAUUGUCCUCCCGAAGAUCCGGGCGCAGGCGUUCCAGGUCCUCUGACCGCUACAGAUCCAAGUCCAGAUCAGCAGAAAAGCGAUUGUCCUCCCGAAGGUCCGGGCGCAGACGUUCCCGAUCUUCUGACCGCUACAGAUCCAAGUCCAGGUCAGUGGAGAAGCGAUUGUCCUCUCGAAGAUCCGGGCGCAGACGUUCCAGGUCGUCCGACCGCUACAGGUCGAAGUCACGGUCAGUGGAGAAGAGGUUGUCCUCCUGGCGAUCCCGCCGCAGACAUUCCAGGUCCUCUGACCGGUCAAAAUCGAGAUCCAGGUCUUCAGAAAAGGGAGGAGGCAAAGAAUACUCCUGGAGGUUCAGACAUCGGUCUGGUUCCUCUGAUCGUUCAAAAUCCAGGUCAAGAUCUGUUGAGAAGAGAGGUCGGAAGGCGUCUGUUCGUCGGUCCAAACGCCAGCGCUCAAAGUCCUCGGAUCGCUACAAGUCUCGAUCCAGGUCAGUAGAAAAAAGAAAGCAAUCAUCACGGAAGUCUAAACGUCAGCGCUCCAAGUCCUCUGAGCGUUACAAGUCUAGAUCCAAAUCAGUGGAAAAAAAGAAGGAAUCCUCACGAAAAUCCAAGCGUCGACGCUCAAAAUCUUCUGAACGUUACAAGUCUAGGUCCAGGUCUGUCGAAAAAAAGCGCAAGGAGUCUUCAAAAAAAUCCAAACGGAAACGUUCCAAGUCCUCUGACAGUGUUAAGUCAAGGUCCAAAUCUGUAGAAAAGAAAGAUAAGUCAUCCUCAUCAAAGUCCAGUAGCAAGCAUGUAGAGUCUUCUGAACUUCAGGAGUCAGCCAAAGGUCUUGAUAAAGAUGUUCCUCAGUCUUCUUUUGGAAGUGAAGGUAAAUCCUCUAAUGGUCCCACAUCAGGAGCUUUGCCUGAUGAAGGAGUAAAUGGCCCAGUGCUGCCACCAUCAUUUGGAAGUGGAUUUUCCAAAACUUCAGAGAGCCUUGAGGAAAGCUCCUCAGCUGUUGAAAAACCAGCAGAUCUGCAGCAUUCUGCCACAUCUGAAUUUGAUACCUCCAAAGCCCCAGAUGACCAGGAAUUGAGAUCCACGUCUGUGGAAAAAACUCAGGAUUCAGAGCUGUCUAUGACAUCUGAAAAUGGAUCAACUGAAAAAACAGCAGCUCUGGAGUCUUCACCGCUACCUGAACUUCCAUACUCCACAUCCAAGUCAAGAUCCUCAUCUGUUGAAAAAAGGGGAGAUCUAGAAACUUCUUCAGUAGCAGAAUUCCAUCUGUCUGCAUCCCGUGAAGAUGAGUCCAGAACUGCACCUCUCAAAGAAGUAGAAGGUCCAGAGCUUCCUCCAGCACUUAGAGACAAGCAAGGUCAGUCGUCUUCUGUGCAGUCCGAAGGUGGGCUCUCCAAAUUGUCUGAUGGUCACCAAUCACAGCAUAUCCCUGGUGAGCACACAGAGCUCUCACACGUUCUGCAGGUACCUGAACGUGAGUCCUCCCAGCUGGCUGACAGCCCUGGGGCCGUGGAAGCUCAGAGGCCUUUCCUGCCACCUGAGAUGAUCCGUCCUGUGAUCCCCGAUGGCUGUGAGUCAGGCCAGGUGCAGGAGCGUCCUCUGAUUCCUGACAGUGGACAUUUCAUGUCUGCUGAUGGACAUGGAUCAGGAUCCAGCUUUGCUGCACCAGUAGAGGAGCAUCCCUUGUCUGUAGGCGAGUCCUUUAAGUCACCACUUGGAAAUGAGCAAAGAUUUUUAUCUGUUGAAAAGGUCAAGGCUCCGGAUGUUUCCCUGACAUCUGUGUGUGGUUCUGUUGAGGUGUCUGCUGACAUAAUUUCAGUGUCUUCUUACGAAGUUCAUGAGUCCAGAUCAUCUGUUGACAAAGGUUUAGACGGUCCAACACUUCCACAAGUACUCGAGGUUGACUGCUCCAGAUCUUCAGAAAUGCACGAAUCGAGAUACCUAACUGGAAAAAUAGACGGUGCAGGAUCUUUGGUGAUGUCUAAAAGUGGGAUUCCCAUAUGCCACGAUGGCCACAGAGCAAAGUACAAUUCCUUUGAGCAGACAGAGAGUGCAGAGCUGUCAGUGGCGUCUGAGCUCCGGUGUUCCAUCUUUCCUGAAGGCUAUAAAUUGACAUCUGCUGCAGUUGAAAAAGUGGAGAUCCAGAAGCCUUCCCUGUCACUGGAAAGUGGCUUCUCUGUGUCUGCUGAUGGCUGUGAAUCAGUGGGCACACCUGAAAAACUGCAGCCCCCAGCAAGUGCUGUGACAACGGAAGGGGGGAUUCUGCUGUUGCCCGACAGCCACGAGCUGAGACCCGUCCCUGCAGAAAAAGCAGAGGUGCUGAAUUCAUCUGAACUCAAACACCUGGUGUCCCCUGAUGGCUACAAGCUGAGAUCUGCCUACAGUGAAGAAAUACAGGUGCACGAGCCCUUUCUGAUACUGCAAAGCAGAUGUUCUGUUGCCUCUGAUGGUCAUGAGUUGGAAUCCACCCCUCUUGAAAGAGCUGAGGAGCCUUCUCAAGUGUCUGAAAAUGAGUACACCAUAGGGCUUGAUGGCCCAGAGUUGACAUCAACCCCUGCUGAAAAAGCAGAGCUGCGGAAGCUGUAUCAGAUGCCUGAAGAAAGAUGUUUGGAGUCCAUCGACAGCCAGGACUCUGCUGAAAAGACACAGGUGCAACAGCCUGCUCUGGUGUCUGAAAAUGAACAUGCUGUGUCCUGGGUGAGCCAGGAGUUGAGGUCCAGCUCUCCUGAGAGGGCAGAGAUGCAGGAGGAGGCUGUGGUUCCUGACAGUGCUGUGGCUUCCAACGAUCACAGAUUGUCCUCUUUCUUGGCCGGAAAACCAGAAGUGCAGGAGCGUUCUCUGCUGCCUGAAAAUGAAUAUGGUGAGACUACUGAGGACCAGGAGGUGACAGCCAGCCCUGCUGAGAAGGAGGUGCAGGAGCCUUCUGUGACAGCUGGCAGUGAAUAUUCCAUCUUCCGUCAAGGCCAAAUUCUGCAGUCUGGCCUAGCUGAAAGCACAGCAGUGCGGGAGCCAGUGCUGGUCCCAGACAGCCAAUAUGCUGCAUCUCCCAGAGGGCAGGAGCUGCUCUGUGCUUACACUGAAAAACCAGAGGUGCAGGAGUGUUCUUUGCUGCCUGAAAACGAGUACCAUGCAUCCCCUGAAAGGCCUCAUUUGAGAUCCAGUCCUGUUGAAAAAGAAGAAUUGGAGGAACAUUCUGAAGCGUCUGAAAGUGAAAGUUCAAUAUCCACCGACAGCCAGGAAGUGCAGUCUGCUGUUGUUGGAAAAACAGAGGUGCAGGAGUUUUCCUUGUCUGAAGGUGAAUGUUCCAUGACCCCUGAAGGUCAGGAGCUGCAGUCCAGCCCUGCUGAAAGAGUAACAGCCAAGGAACCUUCUCUGACAUCUGAACAUGCUCUGUCACCUGAAGAGUACGUGUCAAGAUUGGCACAUGCUGAGAAAACGGAGGGUGUGGACUCUGCUUUGACAGCUGAACGUGACCAUCUCUUUUUCGAGAGCCAGGAGGUGAGUUUCACCUCUCUUCAGAAAGCAGAUGUGCAGGACCAUUCUCCAACACCUGAAAAUGAACAUGGAGCAUCACCUGACGGGCAGGAGCUGAGAUUCACCACUGUUGGAAAAGUAGACGGUCUCGAACCUUCAACACUGAAUGAUAGAGCCUCCAUGUCCCCUGAUGACAGUGACUUGAAAUCCAUCCCUGUUGAAAAAAUGGAUCAUGCAAUGCCUUCUUUAAUGCCUGAAGGGCGCUCGGUGUCUCCUGAUAACUACAGCGUGAGAUCAGGCCCUGGUGAAGAAGCGGGGGAUCUGGAGCCCUCUUUGAGAUCUGAACGUAGAUACUCCACAUCCUCCUACCAGGAAGGGCACGAGCCAAAGUCUCCCAUGGAGGAAGAGGGUCUGGAGUCCUCUGUGACUUCUGAACACAGACGAUCCGUGUCCCCUGAGGGCCAUGACCAGAAAUCUACUGCAGAUGAAAUGGAUGAUCUGGAGAGGCGUUCCACUUCCCCUGAUGAGCACGAGUCAAGAUCUAGCAUUGGUGAAGAAGCAGAGGAUCUGGAGCAGCAGACAACAGAACAUCGGUGCUCUGAGUCCUCUGAUGAGCACGAGUCAAGGUCAACCACUGGAGAAGAGGCAGAGGAUGCAGAGACCUCUUUGGCAGCUGGAAGAAGAGACUCCGUAUCCUCUGAUGACCGUGAGUCGAGGUCUGCUGCUGGGGAAGAUGUGGAAGAUGGGGAGCCCUCCUUGACAGCUGAACGUAGACACUCCACAUCUUCUGAUGACCGUGACUCGAGGUCUACAGCUGAUGAAGAAGCAGAGGAUUUGACAGCUGAGCAUCGCUCUGUGUCUCCUGAUGGACGUGAGUCAAGGUCAACCGUUGGUGAGGAAGCAGAGGACCAGGAGCUCUCUUUGACAGCUGAGCGUAGACACUCCACAUCUUCAGAUGAGCAGGAGUCAAGAUCUACUGCUGGUGAAGACGCAGAGGAUGUGGAACCCUCCUCAGCAGCUGAACAAAGAGAUUCCACCUCAUCAGACGAGCAAGAGUCAAGGUCUACUGCUGGUGAAGAAGCUGAGGAUGUGGAACCUCUGGCAGCUGAACACAGACGUUCUGCAUCCCCUGAUGGGGCUGAAUCGAGGUCUACCACUGCUGAGGAAGAAGGAGACGAUGCAGAGCCCUCCUUGACAGCUGAACAAAGAGAGUCCACAUCGUCAGAUGAGCAUGAGUCAGAGUCUUCCAGUGGUGAAGAGGAGGGGGAGGAUGCAGAGCCCUCUUUGGCGGAUGAGGAAAAGCAGGAUUCCGUGCCUCUGGAGCAGUCAGAGGAGCAGGACUCUUCCUUUGUCCCUGAAAGUAGACGCUCUGAGUCUUCUGAACGUGAAAAAUCCAGAUCCAAGUCCAUUGACAAAACAUCUGACAAGGAGUCUCCACAGAGAUCUGUCAGCAGACACUCAAAGUCUCCUGCUCGCCCAAAGAGCCGAUCCACAUCUGUAGAAAAAGCAGCAGACAAAGAGUCCGUGCGGAGGUACCGACGGAGACGCUCCCGCUCCACGGCUCGCCAGAGGAGCCAGUCAACGUCUGUGGAGAAAACGGCAGACAAGGAGUCCUCGCGCAGGUCCCGGCGGAGACGCUCCAGGUCCGCUGCUCGCCAGAGGAGCCAGUCCAAGUCUGUGGAGAAAACAGCAGACAAGGAAUCAUCCCGCAGGUCCAGGAGCCGGCGCUCCAGGUCCUCCCAGCGCAGAUCCAAGAGAUACGACACAGACUCGCGCUCCCGACGGAACCGCUCCAGGUCAGCGACGCGCAGGAGAGCAUCCAGAUCCCGCUCCAGCUCCGUGUCACGAUCCAGGCACAGGAGGAGGAGCAGGUCACGGUCGGCGUCGCGAAGGCGGCGCUCCUUGUCCAGAGACCGGCGCAAGAGGUCUCAGAGAAACAGGUCGAGGUCUACGGACAGGAGGAGGAGGAGGUCGGACUCGAGAGACCGCAGGAUAUCGCUGCGCCUGCGGAGCAGGAGCAGGACCCCCCUGCGGCAGCGGCGCUCGCGCUCGCGGGGAAGGAGGCGCAGCUCCAGCAGGUCCCCGAUCCGGCUGCGCCGCUCGCGCUCCUCGGGGAGAAGGCGCUACAGCAGAUCCCCCGACCGGCGCAGGUCCAGGUCCUCCGAGUUCUCCAGCAGGUCACCCAAACGUCUCACAGACCUGGACAAAGCCCAGCUACUUGAAAUCGCCAAAGCCAACGCGGCCGCCAUGUGUGCGAAGUCUGGCGUGCCCUUACCCCCCAGCCUGAUGCCUCUGCUGUCCCAGAAGAAGGAUGACAAAGCCAACCAGAAAUCCUCGAGGGACACCCUGAAGGAGCUCACUGAGAAAUGCAAGAAGAUUGCUCAGAGCACUGAUGAUGUGAUAGUGAACAAGCCUCAUGUUUCUGAUGAAGAGGAGGAAGAACGUCCUUUCUAUAACCAUCCUUUUAAGCUGAGUGAACCCAAACCUAUUUUCUUCAAUUUAAGUACUCCCAGCAUAAAACCAGCACCACCACCCCAACCAAAAAACCAGGUCAGCCUGUCCAAGGAAUUCCCUGUUUCCUCUGGGUCUCAGCAUAGGAAGAAGGAGGCAGACAGUGUGUAUGGAGAGUGGGUUCCCGUGGACAAAAACGGCAAAGACGACGGCAAGGACGAUGUGUUCCCCAAGCCAGCCAUUGAGUGUGUGGACAUAACCACAGCCAUGAACGACAGAGCAGUGGCCCAGAAAAGGCUCAAUGAGAACUCCUUUGACCUGGAGGCCAUGUGCAUGCUGAACAGGGCACAGGAGCAGAUCGACGCCUGGGCUCAGUCCAACUCCAUCCCUGGGCAGUUCACGGGCAGCACUGGAGCACAGAUCCUGUCCUCAGACGAGCUCACCAACAGCGGGCCCCAGGCGUGGAUUCGAAAGGAUCAGUUCUUAAGAGCAGCCCCUGUAACUGGAGGAAUGGGAGCUCAGCUGAUGAGGAAAAUGGGCUGGAGAGAAGGAGAAGGGCUUGGGAAGAACAAGGAAGGCAGCGUUGAGCCCAUCAUGGUGGAUUUUAAGACGGAUCGAAAAGGGCUUGUUGCUGUGGGAGAGAAGGCCCAGAAGAGGUCUGGCCAUUACGUGGUGAUGAAGGAUCUUUCAGGGAAGCACCCGGUGUCUGCGCUGAUGGAGAUCUGCAACAAGAGGAGGUGGACGCCCCCCGAGUUCGUGCUGGUGGACGACAGUGGGCCUGAUCACCGCAAACAUUUCAUCUUCAAGGUGAGAGUCAAUGGCAACGAGUACAGGCCCACCUUUGCCAGCCUUAACAAGAAGCACGCGAAAGCCACGGCGGCCACGGCGGCGCUGCAGGCCAUGGGACUCGUACCAAAGGAAAGCAUGGUCAAUACCACCAUGUUCAGGAGUGCCUCACACCGCUAAGCUUGGCUUUACUGGGACACUGGUUCUGAGCAUUUUACUCUGCACAAGAAAUGGUAUUUGCCCCUCUCAUGUUGUAAAUACAUCGGCGAUUCCCACCUUGUAAAAACUGUACAGACACCCACAGGUUUUUUUUCUUUUGUACCAUCCAAAUGUAUUUAAAUCAUACUUAGUUUUUGGUAUGUUUAUAUUGUUUACAUUAGUGAUGUAAUUAUUUCUUAAACGACUAAAUCAGACGACAGACUCUGGAGGCAUCAGAAACCCAGACCCUUGGCUGAAGCUCCUGCAGUUCCUCUCCUGCUGGAACGCUGACCCUUUGAUACAGUUUUGUAGUGGCUGCAGAAUUCCCUGGGCUCGGGGAGGUGCUGGGGACGCCCUGGGGCCGUGCCCGGGCUCUGCCCCUCGGUGCCAGGACAGCCAGAGCCACGGAGAUUGGGACACGACCCAGCUCAGCUCCUGCACGGCCCCCACGAGGGGCCCUGGGGCUGCUCUUCCCAACCAGUGAAUCCACUGCCUGAUGCUGAUUGUACGGAUUUGUGGUUCAUGUGAAUUUUAAACUCUUUAACAAAUCUACAACUGGAUUUGGGGGGAGGGAGGGGGUAGAAUGACGCUUCAAUUGUUGUACCCAACUUGGUCAAUAAAGCAGCACAAGUUCAUAAUCUUCACCCCUGGUCAGUAAACAGUAAUUCCAGUGGAUGCCAAGCCAGGAAACAGGAAUGGAAAUACACCAAAAUGCCUUCUGCAAGAAACACACAGGAUACAGAAGUGGAUUUGUGAGGGUUUUCAGCAGCCGUUGGGAUGGCAGGAGCAGGUCUGGUUAUUUUUGGUUGCUUUGAACUUUUACAAAAUAACUCCUUGGAAUUAAAUGUUUCCAUAACGAUC